UUAGCCAACUUCACGUUUUACUUACAGAAGUAAAUAUGGCAAAUUUGACAAAGUUAUUAGGGUUGGAUAAAGUCGCGACGUUAUUUCGUACAAUACGCGACCAUGGUGGUAUUAUCGGUUCCAUCAAAACGCAUUUCAGAGUGGAUGAAUUGAAGAGUGGUAUCUUAGUCGGAGAAGACAAGUAUGGCAAUCGAUACUAUCAGAAUAAUAUGCAUUUUAUAGGUCGUAACAGAUGGGUGAUAUAUGCAGAUAAAGUUGGACUGAAUUAUGAUGGUUCACAAGUCCCACCUGAAUGGUUUGGUUGGUUGCAUUACAAGACAGAUUUGCCGCCACACGAAGAUCCAUCUCGUCCAAAGUAUAAAUGGAUGAUGGAUCAUCAACAAAAUAUGAGUGGCACAGAUCAAGCUUACAUGCCUUACAGCACCACAAGACCAAAGAUUGAACCUUGGCGGCCACCACAGUGAGCUUUGUUGGAAUAGCAAUGAGAUAUAAAGAGUAAAGUAGUUAGUAUUAUAGUUAUUAUUCAUAAUUAUAGUUACAUAAAAUAUUAUUCAAUGUAAAUAAAAUUACUAUCAAGAGAUAAAAAGAUUGUAGAUAUUUAAAG